AUGGGUCCAAAACCUAUGUGCGUUCUGCCUCAUCCAGAUGUAAGCGAGAGGACUCUUAUAGCUGUAAAACCAGAUGGAGUUCAACGUCGUCUUGUAGGACAAAUAAUUCAGCGGUUUGAGCAGCGGGGCUUUAAACUGGUUGGCCUGAAAAUGUUGCAGGUGUCUGAGGAUCUCCUGUCUCAGCACUACUGUCAGCUGAGGAUGAAGCCCUUCUACCCAAGUCUGCAGCAAUACAUGACCUCAGGGCCUGUGGUUGCCAUGGUGUGGGAAGGGCACAAUGUAGUGCAGACAUCACGUAUGAUGGUGGGGCACACUAACCCAGUUGAGGCCCAGACAGGCACAGUCAGAGGAGAUUUUGGCAUUCAUGUCAGCAGGAAUGUGGUCCAUGCCAGUGAUUCACUGGAGGGGGCUAAGAGGGAGAUCCAGCUGUGGUUUCAGGGAAAAGAGCUGCUGAACUGGGACUGUUGUGACCAGACCAUCACCUGUGAGAUGUGA